AUGAAUCGGAGAAACUCUCUCCGAGCAGGAAUCUGGGCCGUUCCUUUCUUCUUCACCAGCACCAGCUUCAUCGUCAGUUUCUACGUCUUCGCCAGAAACAGCCGGUGGGGAUUUUUGAAUGAAGAGGGUGUUCAUAGCAGCAACAUUGGCCUGACGUUUGCCAUCACAGGAGCGAUCACAGGCGCGACUCUUAUCUUCUCAGUGGGGUUCCUUGUCCCGUUCUUCAUCCGACGGCUGGAGAAGGAAGAGAGCCUAAGAUGGUACCACGUGUUCUGCAUCCACUGGCUGCCGGAGCAGCCGCACGACACUAAGAUUGACACAUACUUGAAACGAACCUUCACCCCGCAGCUGCUGAACGAUGACGAAAAAUCAGACCUCGGAAUGCCUGUAGAGGACGAGGAGGAAGAGCACAAAGAGGAGCGGUGGGAGCAGCAAAAGCUCAAGCACAGAAGCCUUGUCCUGCGGCUCGCCCACCACAUCAAAUGGCUGCUCAUGCGCACACUAUACAUCGAUGUUGCGUCGGUGCAGCGGCGGAACAAGGGUGCAGUGCGCGCGCACGAGGUGGCAGUCCUGUAUGACAACAAGACAGAAUACCUGUACUCGCUGCUGCAGGUGGUCACAGCGUCCUUCGCCAGCUUCUCCCAUGGCUCCAAUGAUGUUGCCGGCUCGCUGGGGCCCCUGGCAGGGGUGUACCAGCUGUGGGAGACUGGCACCUUCUCAACCUAUGCCAGCAUUCCCUACUGGAUGCUGGUCAAUGCCGGGUUGAUGAUCAACCUCGGCCUUGCCCUUUACGGGUACAACAUAAUGCGCAACCUGGGCAACAACAUCACAUACCACUCGCCCUCGCGUGGCUUCUCCAUGGAGCUAGGCACAGCCCUCGCAGUCCUCACCGCCUCCUUCCUCGCACUGCCAGUCUCCACCACUCAGUGCAUUGUGGGCGCCACAGUGGCCGUGGGGCUGUGCAACGGCAAGUGGAGAGCCAUCAACUGGGGCAUGGUGGCCAUUGCUGGGUUCGGCUGGGUGAUCACUCUCCCUGUCGCCGUGAUCACCGCCUCCCUCCUCGCUCAACCUGUCUCCACCACUCAGUGCAUUGUGGGUGCCACAGUGGCUGUGGGGCUGUGCAACGGCAAGUGGAGAGCCAUUAACUGGGGCAUGGUGGCCAUUGCUGGGUUCGGCUGGGUGAUCACUCUCCCUGUCGCUGGCCUGCCGCGGUGCAGCGGAGUGCGGGAGGUUUGUGUCCAGCGACUCGACGAUCGCUGCGAAGUUGCGCGCGGCGUUCUGGAAGCGCGGGAGGAAGAAGGGCCCGUUGGCAUCGGCAUCGAGAUCGACGCGCAGGAAGAGGAGCGGAGAGAGCCAUCACUAGCAUACUCUCGCCGCGACCUACGCCGUCGCCGCCAUUCCCCCCCCCUCCCGCCGCGAUUACGCCUUCCUCGCCUGCGGAUUCCACCGCCGCGAGCGCAACGCCGCUGUCCCCUCCUCCCCCCCGCCGCGACCCCCUGUCGCCGCCUCCCCUUCUCGCCGCCGCGCCUGAUUCGGCGCCGCCUGCGCAUCCUGCCGCCGCGACGCCUCGUCGCCGCCUGCCCGCUGCCCGUUCCUCCGCCGCGACGUCACGUCGCCGCGUUCCUGCCGCCGCGCCUGCUACGGCGCCGCCUGCGCACCCUGCCGCCGCGACGCCUCGUCGCCGCCUGCCCGUCCCUCCGCCGCGACGUCUCGUCGCCGCGUUCCCGCCGCCGCGCCUGCUUCGGCGCCGCCUGCGCAUCCUGCCGCCGCGACGCCUCGUCGCCGCCUGCCCGUCCCUCCGCCGCGACGUCUCGUCGCCGCGUUCCCGCCGCCGCGCCUGCUACGGCGCCGCGUGCGCAUCCUGCCGCCGCGACACCUCGUCGCCGCCUGCCCGUCCCUCCGCCGCGACGUCUCGUCGCCGCGUUCCCGCCGCCGCGCCUGCUUCGGCGCCGCCUGCGCAUCCCGCCGCCGCGACGCCUCGUCGCCGCCUGCCCGUCCCUCCGCCGCGACGUCACGUCGCCGCCUCCCCUUCCCGCCGCCGCGCCUGCUUCGGCGCCGUCUGCCCGUCCCGCCGCCGCGACAGCUCGUCGCCCCCUGCCCGUCCCGCCGCCGCGACCUAACAUCGCCGCCUGCGCAUUCCGCCGCCGCGACUGCUCGUCGUCACCUCCCCGCCCCCACCCCCCCCCCCCCCCCCCCCCCCCCCCCGCCGCGAUUUCCCAUUGCCGCCUCCCCUCCCACCGCCGCACCUGCUUCCGCGUCACCCACGCAUCUCGCUGCCCCUUCUGCAUCGCCACCCUCCCGCAAUUUCCCCCGCCGCAACUGCAACAUCGUCGCCCCGCGGUUCCCGUUAACGCCACUGCGCCGCCGCCGCCCUACCGCCGCGACUGCUUCGGCGCCGUCUGCCCAUCCUCCACCGCGACCGCGCCAUCCCCGCCCACACUCCCUGCCGCCGUGACUGCCCCGUCGCCGCCUGCAGAUUCAGCCGCAACUGCACCCUCCCUUCCUCCUCUCCCUACUCCUCUCCCCCCCCCUCCCCCUCCCCCUGCGCCCCUCGUUGCCGCGGCCUGCCUGCCGCCGCCGUCCCUCGUUUCGCCGCCGCGGCCCUUCCGCCGUCGCCUGCGCCCCUCGUCGUCGCGGCCUGCUCGCCGCCGCCGCCCCCGACUUUGCCACCGCCUCCCCUUCCCGCCGCCGCACGUUCGCACAGCCGCCUGCGCCCUUCGGCAGCAGCAGCGGCAGCAGGGGAAGUGCAGCAGCCUCCGCAGCAGCAACUUCACCCUUGGCCGCCGCGGGUCCACCCGCCGUCGCCCAUCAUGA